CGACCAACCCAGUAACAGUUGUUUCUUCUUCUUCAUCCAAUCAGAGAAACAAAUCGAAAAUACUCAUCCAACAAUCAGAGAAACAAACCAAAAAUAUCCAAUCAGAGAAACAAACCAAAAAUAUCCAAUCAGAGAAACAAAUCGAAAAUACUCAUCCAACAAUCAGAGAAACAAACCAAAAAUAUCCAAUCAAAGAAACAAAUAAAAAAUACUUACCAUAUUCUUCCUCAUUUUCUUUCCCCCUAAAUCGAAAAUCCCCUCAUCUUCCGUUCGGAGACGAACCCAGGAGCUGGGUUCGUAACAAACCCCGCGCUUGGGUUCCGAGGCGAACCCAAUGCCUGGGUUCCGAGGCGAACCCAAUGCCUGGGUUCCGAGGCGAACCCAGCGCCUGGGUUCUGAGAUGAACCCAGCGCCUGGGUUCUGAGAUGAAUCAGGCGCAAGUUCGUCACAAACCCUUCCCCUGGGUUCGUCACAGAACCCAGGCUUGGGUUCGUCGCAGAACCCAGCACCUGGGUUCAAGAUGAACCUAGGAGUUAGAGGGAGGGUUUAUUCCUCUGAGAAUUAUCACUUUUCCGAAAGAGAACAGCAUGGCGUCAUACGGUGUCUUUAUUUUCCAUUUCCUCCUCUCCGCCAUCCUUUUUUCUAGCAUUGUUGAUGCCACCGGUUUGAUAGGAGUGAACUACGGCCGCGUGGCCAACAAUUUACCGUCCCCAGAUAAGGUGGUGGAGCUUCUAAAAACACAGGGGAUAGACAGAGUUAAGCUCUACGACACCGACGCAGAGGUCCUCACAGCCCUGGCCAACUCAAGUAUAAGCGUCGUGGUUGCCCUUCCCAACGAGCUACUCUCCUCUACGGCCGCCGAUCAGUCCUUCGCCGAUAAUUGGGUCCAAGGCAACAUCUUGAAAUACUAUCCCACCACCAACGUUGAAGCAAUUGCAGUCGGAAAUGAGGUCUUCGUCGACCCCAACAACACGAUGAUGUCCCUCGUACCCGCCAUGAAGAACGUUUACAACUCCCUCGCGAAGUAUAACCUCGAUUCCGCCAUUAAAAUCUCCUCCCCAAUUGCUCUCAACGACUUGCAAAGCUCAGAUCCGCCUUCAUGCGGAUCGUUCAAAUCCGAAUUGAUUGAACCAGUAGUCAAACCCAUGUUGGAUUUCCUGCGCCAAACGGGAUCAUAUCUCAUGGUCAAUGCUUACCCCUUCUUUGCAUACUCAGCCAACUCGGACACUAUCUCUUUGGACUACGCUCUGUUCAGGAAUAACUCCGGUGCGGUGGAUUCCGGCAACGGGUUGAAGUACUACAGUUUGUUAGAAGCCCAGCUGGACGCUGUUUUCACCGCCAUGUCCGCCCUCAAUUACAACGAUGUGAAGAUGGUGGUAACCGAAACAGGGUGGCCGUCGAUGGGGGACGAGAACGAGAUUGGCGCAGUUAAAGAGAAUGCGGCGGCGUAUAACGGGAACUUGGUACGCAGAGUUUUGACCGGAAGUGGCACCCCCUUGAGACCACAGGACCCACUCAACGUCUACCUAUAUGCUCUCUUCAACGAGAACGAGAAACCGGGGCCGGCAUCGGGGCGGAAUUACGGGUUAUUUUACGCGAACGAGAAAAAGGUAUAUAGCAUACCUUUAACCCAAUCGGAGCUCCAGAGCGGGGAGGCAACGCCGGUCAGCGGCGGGAACCAGAGUCAGGCUCCGGCCUCCAGAGUCCGAGUCAGUGUUUCGUUGUGUGACGCGAACACGCUCGAGGUGGUGGUUUCGUUUCCCUUCAACUGUUUUUCUGGCGUAGAAAUACGCCUUAAACUGACAUUAUCAGAAGAAUUCUCGUGGCGCUGGCAUGUGCGAUUUUGGUUUUAUGGUAUGUUUUUAUAUAUUUAAUUUUUUUAUUUAAAGUGUAUUUGUAUGUUAAUUGUGUUCACAUGAUAUAUUAUUUUUAUUUAGUAAUAUUUUUUUAAACAGUAUACAAUUUGAAAAAAAAAAUCUUUUAGGAUGUUAAUAAAGCUUAAAAUUUUAA